GCUCGCUCUCUGUCAGCCGCUGUCCUGUUCCCCGUCGCCCGCCGUCCGGCUUCGUCUCGCACCUGAGCGCACGCACCUGCCCGGCCCGCGUCCUCUUCCUCCUCCCCUGUCCGACCCCCCUCCCGCCUUCCCCCCCACCUCGGCCCGAAGGCUCUGCCGGGUCGCGGGCGCCUCCGCGGCUGCGUCACCGCCGCCCCCCAGACAAGAUGGACACCGCCGAGGAAGAUAUAUGUCGAGUGUGUCGGUCAGAAGGAACACCCGAGAAACCUCUUUAUCAUCCUUGUGUAUGUACUGGCAGUAUUAAGUUUAUUCAUCAAGAAUGCUUAGUUCAAUGGUUGAAACACAGUCGAAAAGAAUACUGUGAAUUAUGCAAGCACAGAUUUGCUUUCACACCAAUUUAUUCUCCAGAUAUGCCAUCACGGCUACCAAUCCAAGACAUAUUUGCUGGACUGGUUACAAGUAUUGGCACUGCAAUACGAUACUGGUUUCAUUAUACACUUGUGGCCUUUGCAUGGUUGGGAGUUGUUCCUCUUACAGCAUGCCGCAUCUACAAGUGCUUGUUUACUGGCUCCGUGAGCUCACUACUGACACUGCCGCUAGACAUGCUGUCAACGGAAAAUUUGUUGGCAGAUUGCUUGCAGGGAUGUUUUGUGGUGACAUGCACACUUUGUGCAUUCAUCAGCCUGGUGUGGUUACGAGAGCAGAUAGUCCAUGGGGGAGCACCAAUUUGGCUGGAGCAUGCUGCUCCACCCUUCAAUGCUGCUGGACACCACCAAAAUGAGGCUCCUGUAGGGGGAAAUGGUGCUGAAAACGCUGCUGCUGAUCAGCCAGCUAACGCAGCAGGUGAGAAUGCGGUGCUGGGUGAGAACCCCGAUGCCCAGGACGGUCAAGCAGAAGAGGAGGAGGAGGACAAUGAGGAGGAAGAUGAUGCGGGUGUGGAAGAUGCUGCGGAUGCCAACAAUGGAGCCCAAGAUGACAUGAACUGGAAUGCUCUGGAGUGGGACCGGGCUGCAGAAGAGCUUACUUGGGAAAGAAUGCUUGGACUUGAUGGAUCACUAGUUUUUCUGGAGCACGUGUUCUGGGUGGUGUCUUUAAACACAUUGUUCAUUCUUGUCUUUGCAUUUUGUCCUUACCACAUCGGUCAUUUCUCCCUUGUUGGUUUGGGAUUUGAGGAACAUGUCCAAGCAUCUCAUUUUGAAGGUCUAAUCACAACGAUUGUUGGAUAUAUACUUUUAGCAAUAACACUGAUAAUUUGUCAUGCCUUGGCAACUCUUGUCAAGUUUCAUAGGUCUCGACGCUUGCUGGGAGUCUGCUAUAUUGUGGUUAAGGUUUCUUUGUUAGUUGUGGUAGAAAUUGGAGUCUUCCCUCUCAUUUGUGGCUGGUGGCUGGAUAUUUGUUCUCUGGAAAUGUUUGAUGCUACUCUGAAAGACAGAGAACUGAGCUUUCAGUCGGCUCCAGGAACUACGAUGUUUCUGCAUUGGCUGGUGGGAAUGGUGUACGUGUUCUACUUUGCCUCCUUCAUCCUGUUACUGAGAGAGGUACUUCGACCUGGUGUCUUAUGGUUUCUGAGGAAUUUGAAUGAUCCAGAUUUUAAUCCAGUACAGGAAAUGAUCCACUUGCCCAUUUACAGGCAUCUCCGAAGAUUUAUCUUGUCAGUGAUUGUCUUUGGCUCCAUUGUGCUUCUGAUGCUCUGGCUUCCUAUACGUAUUAUUAAGAGUCUCUUGCCUAAUUUUCUUCCCUACAAUGUCAUGCUCUACAGUGAUGCUCCGGUGAGUGAGCUGUCCCUGGAGCUGCUCCUGCUGCAGGUCGUCUUGCCAGCGUUGCUGGAACAGGGACACACGAGGCAGUGGCUGAAGGGGCUUGUGCGUGCAUGGACCGUUACUGCUGGAUACUUGCUGGACCUACAUUCCUACUUACUGGGAGACCAGGAAGAAAACGAGAACAGUGCAAAUCAGCAGGUCAACAAUAACCAGCCUGCUCGAAACAACAAUGCUGUCCCAGCUGGGGAGGGUCUGCAUGCGGCCCACCAAGCCAUACUCCAGCAGGGAGGACCUGUCGGCUUUCAGCCUUACCGCCGGCCUUUCAAUUUCCCACUCAGGAUAUUUCUUCUGAUUGUCUUCAUGUGCAUAACACUACUAAUUGCCAGCCUCAUUUGCCUUACUUUACCAGCCUUUCUAUUUUCAGUAUUUGCUGGUCGUUGGUUAAUGUCAUUUUGGACGGGGACUGCCAAAAUCCAUGAGCUGUACACGGCUGCUUGUGGUCUCUAUGUAUGUUGGCUGACCAUAAGGGCAGUGACGGUGCUGGUAGCCUGGAUGCCCCAGGGACGCAGAGUGAUUUUCCAGAAGGUUAAGGAGUGGUCCCUCAUGAUAAUGAAGACUUUGAUAGUUGCUGUGCUGCUGGCUGGGGUCGUCCCACUGCUCCUGGGGCUCCUGUUUGAGCUGGUUAUUGUUGCUCCUCUGAGGGUCCCUCUUGAUCAGACUCCCCUUUUCUACCCUUGGCAGGAUUGGGCACUAGGAGUGCUACAUGCCAAAAUUAUCGCAGCUAUAACUCUGAUGGGUCCUCAGUGGUGGCUGAAAACUGUCAUUGAACAGGUUUAUGCAAAUGGCAUUCGGAACAUCGACCUUCAUUAUAUCGUUCGUAAGCUGGCAGCUCCAGUGAUCUCUGUGCUCCUACUUUCCCUGUGUGUACCAUAUGUCAUAGCUUCUGGUGUGGUUCCUCUUCUAGGUGUUACUGCGGAAAUGCAGAACUUAGUCCACCGGCGGAUUUAUCCGUUUUUACUGAUGGUCGUUGUGUUGAUGGGGAUCCUGUCCUUCCAGGUCCGCCAGUUUAAGCGCCUUUAUGAACACAUUAAAAAUGACAAGUACCUUGUGGGGCAGCGCCUGGUUAACUAUGAACGCAAAUCUGGCAAGCAAGGCCCAUCCACGCCACCUCCACAGUCGUCCCAAGAAUAAAGUACUUAUCUCAGCUCCUUGACCUUCUCCUUGCCUUCCCGUGUCCUUUUUUGUGGACUUCUCACUUUGGAGAUUCUCCCCAUGAUCUCUCAGCAUCGUCUUUAAGUUAAACGUACUUGACUUGUGUCCUCAGCGCUCGGAGAGCGGCGCAUCUGGCACUGCUACUCCUCCCUGCAUCUGCGACAUCACUGCUGUCUGAGAUCUGUACAUGUGUAAAUAGGAGUUCCUCGAUGCCCUAAACCUUGGAUUAAACAGAAUGUGCAUUGUACAUCUUUAACAAAUGUAUAUUAAUUUAUUAAAUCUAGUUGUCACUUUA